CAAUAGACUGCUAAUUGUAAAGUAAGUCCUAAGGAUUCCACGCAAAGUAUAUCUUAAAGGUGAUGAAAACGAACUAUAUGGACAAUCUGACUUUCGUGGAUUUUACGCUGUCAGCAAUGAAUCUUUCUUACUCUUAUACUGCUAACAUUAAUCGCUUCAGUUGCAGUUCCCCUCGGAUCAAUUCGUGAGUUGCCUGCAGAAUCGUGCAAGGAGAUCAAGGCGAGUGAAGGAGGAAAGGCGGUCAGCGGUAAUAAUUAUUGGAUGGGUUCAACCAGAUCUGGUAACUCUAUUUUAGCUGUUGGGACAUGAAGACUGAAGGUUUGUACAAGACAUGGUUCGUAGCAUUUUGUUGCCGUGCCAAUGAGAGGACUUUUCUUAUUAUAUUUUCUUUCUCCCUAGUUGCAGACUAUUGUUUCAAGCACCAGUGCGAAAACGAUGCAAAGUGUGUGAACCGUGAAACGAAGUAUAUGUGUGCGUUUAACUCAUCUGCCUGGACAGGAAAAUAUUGUGAAAAAAAUUCGCCUUUUGUUAAAAUCAUCUCCCAUUUUUAGGAGCAUGUUAAACAAAGAAGAUGAGGGAUGCUUAAGAUAUGCUUAUCCACAGAUGUCAACGAAAGUGUGGAAGGUCUACAUGGUUGUGAUCGCAACGCCAUUUGUGAUAACACUGUGGGUUCCUACAACUGCACAUGCAGACCAGGACUAAUUGGAGACGGAAGAAACAGCUGCAUAAGUACAAGUAAGGAUAUAAACCACUUUGUGUGGAGAAGUUGUUAGAGGGAUAAGCUAGAAAUUACUGCUUACGAUUGUACAUUUUGACUACUACACUAGUGGUGGAAUUUCUUUUUUAAUUGUUCCACAAAUCGCGCAAGAAUUAUGCACUUUCGAACAACAAUCAUCAUUUUAUCGCUCGUGACUAAUAUUGUCACACAUACUUACCUAAAACCAGUCAGGAUGCGUUUCGUUUGUGGUCAAGGAAUUCUAGAAUUAAAAGAAACUUAAGGAAAAACAACAAGUGGGAAAUGGCGACUGCCUUCCCUUAUCAUGUACAUGUAUAGUCCGAAAGAAUAUUUUCUCUACAAACGAAGAGCAGCAUCUUAAAAAUUAUUACAAAAUAGUUUUUCAUUGGCUCUGUUCAAUCAGUUAACUCACAUUGGUAGGAAGAUUAUGCCUUUCAUUUAGGAAAAAACCGCAUUUCCUUCUUUAGGUUACUCUUGUGAGGAAAUUCGGAACGCAAGUUCCCAUCUUAAAGACGGGAUCGCUCUUAAGAAUAACGGAAGUCUUUUAAAGGCCUACUGUGAUAUGACAACCGAAGGAGGUAAGGAAUUGAUGUUAAGAAAAACUGAUAACGCUAACGGUGUUUUUUUACUUCUGCACAAACUGUCCUUCUAUAAUAAAUGGAGUGCAAUAUUAUUUUGCUCAAUCAAGAAUUUCAUUUUAUUUAAUUUCAUUUCUUUUUUCCAGGAGGUUGGCUUCUGGUCUCCAACGUUGUCGUCGGCAACCUAUCCUCGCUACGGUAUUCAUACCGUGAAAUAAGCAAUUGUCCCAACAAGUCGUUGUUACUCACGGUAGAUGCCAUGAAGGAACUGAGGACACACUCGUCUUUCACUCAGUUGAGAUUCCACUGCAGCAAAAACAAGGGACGUACUUUCCAUUUGACCACGGCUGCUAACAGCAGUGGUGAAGCAGUAGUACAAUACUUCAGUGGUCAGACAGAUGCCAAUCCGAAAGCAUGUGGCUCGUUUGUGAGGAUGAAGGAUGACAACUCGAAGUUAGCUGCUGAUUAUAAUUAGUGGGGUAAUAAAGAGUGGGGAUACUUUCGUAGUGGAAAAAGCAGAUAUCGAAUCGUUGCUUUUGUCCCUUGGAAAUAUAUGUGAAAUUUGUAUGGGAGCUCAAGAUGGGAAUGUGACGACUACAGCUUCAGUGAUGCAGAAUAUUUUGGAUUAUCCGCGAGUGACUUCUAGAGGGUUUUUUGUUCGUUAAGGCCAAAUACAACUAGUAACU